CUGCUCGCCAAGGAAGUUGUGCUCUGUGGUCUGCACGGAGUAGUGUCGAUAGACAGCUGGAACUGCUCCUGUCUUUCGUGUUGACGAAGGUCUUGUGGCAAGAACAAACAGUUGAAGGCAGGUUUCCGUGUUCACUUUUCUUCAUUCUCGCCAUUUCGGCCAUAACAGGUGGCCUUUUACCUCAUUUUACUGAUCCUGACCUCCAUCAAUGAGUUGAAGUCCAGGCGGGAGUUUCUUCCUCCUUUCCAACAGCCAUCGGAACGUGGUUAGUUGCUCUAUAUGUACUGCAUGAGGAAUGAAACAAGAAGACCGCUUUAAUGGGAAACUGUGUGAGUAAGAGUGGCGACGAGAAGAAGGAUGGUGAAGAGGAACACGAAGCCACUUUCUUCAUUGCGGCGCACAGCAAUUUGCAUGAGCUGCCGUAUGAAGUGUUCGAUUGUAUCCAGUUGGAGCAGUUAGAACUUCAGGCCAACCUGAUCUCCGAGCUUCCUAAGAAAUUUUUCAAGAUCAACACCUUGACCAUCUUGGAUUUGAGUGAAAAUGACAUGUCCGGUCUUUCCUCCCAUAUUGGCAAUCUGUCACGUCUUAUUGAUCUCAAUCUUAGCAAAAAUGCCCUAACUGACUUACCAGAUUCCCUGAAGCACUUGAAAUCCCUGCAAAAGCUAGAUUUGAGUUCAAACCCACUUUGCAGACUUCCUGAUGGUAUGUGCAAAUGCAGUGCACUGACGCAGAUCAUUCUAAAUGAUGUCUACCUUGAGGAACUGCCAGAUAACAUCGGAAAUCUGGAGGGCCUAGAGGUUCUGGAGCUCCGAGAGAACAGUAUCGAAAGCCUACCAAAGUCAUUUGGAAACCUGAUCAACCUCAGGCGGCUGGAUCUUGGCAAGAAUGAUAUGGAGGCGUUGCCUCCCACGUUUGCCAAGCUAGCAAACCUGCGGGAGCUCUGGCUCGACUCCAACAAGCUUAGUGCUCUGCCAGAGAAUUUUGGUGAUUUGACGAAUCUGGAAACGAUGGACUGCUCGCUAAAUGAACUGGAAAUGCUUCCGGAAUCACUAAGUAGUCUACCCAAUCUCACCGAUUUAGAUUUGAGUGAGAAUCAGCUCAAAGAAUUGCCAUCAGACUGGAGUCAAACAACUAAUCUUAAUCUAAUGCGAUUUGACCGGAAUCAAGUAGCAGAACUUCCCGUGUCACUUUGCAAAUGUUCUAAUCUAGAAGAGCUCUCAUUUGUAACUAAUGGAAUUGAGACGAUUCCAACUGAGAUUGGAAAUUUAACGCGGCUCCACUCGGUGUGUAUGGAUGAUAACAGGAUCGAAGUUAUGCCGGAAGAGAUUGGCAAGUGCACAGAGCUCACUUUGCUCAGUAUUCGAGAAAACAAGCUGACUCGUCUCCCGCGGACUAUUCGCAACCUGAAGAAACUGGUGGUCCUCAACGUAGUCAGCAAUAGACUCUCGUACUUACCGUUAGGAGUGCGUGCAUUAAAGUACUCGGCGUUAUGGCUUCACCCUAAUCAGAAAAAGCCCCUACCUCCGCUUGUGGAGAAGUCAGUGAAAACGAGAACAGUUUUGACAUGCGAGCACUUGCCACAGGAUACGCAAGAAGCUGCAGAUGUAAUAUCUCAAGGUCCAGACGAAGUGGUUGAGCUUCAGCCUGAAUCUGCUGCCCCUGCAGCAGCAGCAGAACCUGCCGCUACUGCUGAACCUACCACCGAGGCUACAGUCGUCUCCGAGUCCACAGCUGAAGUAGCAGCAACACCAACAGCAGCAACAGCCGAGGUCACACCUGAUGUGGCACCGGACGCUGAGGCCAAGCCGACAGAGGAGCCCGUUGCUGCAGAGGAGCCUAGCACCGCUGCAGAACCUGAGCCGACCACUGCACCGGCCGUCCCGACUGAGGCAGAGCCAGCGCAAUCUUCCGUAGCAACACCGGCUGCAGCUACUACCGAAGAAUCUUCUGCCAAAGAAUCUUCUACCGAACCUGACAAUGAUAGACCGGCAGAGAACGGUGUGUCCGAAGCUCCAGCAACGGUAGAAUCAAGCGAAUCACAGCCUGCUGAAACGUAGAACUUGGCAUAUGACCGUUUCUGCACAAAACUCUACAACCCUGUGAAAGACCAGUCUUGCAUACAGAUCCUACCCCAUACAUGUUCCUAAAAAACUUCCUUGCUUAUAAGUUAUAGCCAUUGACAAUCCCGUAACUUACUUAGGACACAGCCCUCACUCGCUCUUCCACUUCUCUCCUUUCUCGCCCUGUCUUCUGUUUCUGCUCUCCUCUCUCCCAGUCCCAUUUUGGCUGGCAUAGUAAUGAUAGUUAUAAUUUAUAUAAAUUCUCCCUUACCAAGUUGUCCGGAAAGGAGAAUGGCUUGUUGCAUGCAAGAAUAAGGAGUUCUUGGGUCUUUUUCGAAUCACAGAAUUAUAAACGCUUUACCAAGAUAUCAUUUUCCUUUUUUGUUCUUUUGUUGCAAACGAUGGUCAGCCUCUAUACCAAUGCAACUGAUUUUGUUUCACUUGAUAUCUUUUUCUAGUCUUUGUCGCUGUUUUGCUGUUCUCAUAUAAAUUGUCGUCUCUGCUGUUCCUCCUAUUGUUCCUAUUCUUCGUUUUCGUCCUCGUCGCGUGCUGAAAGCCUAAUUAUUGCUUUUUCUCAGUGCUGCUUAGUCUAAAGAAGAGCUGGUGUGCUACUUGACCUCAUGAUUCGUUUGAAUAUUGAUUGGCAUGGUUUAUAAUUAUUGUUAGGUACCCUGAA